CUCACGUCUUUUCUGUUCACAGCACAGGGUUUGACUUCUGCUCGCGUGACGGAAUUGCCGGUGUGGGCUCGCAUUCACACCAGCCGCUCGUUGCUUUUCCUUGAAGGCUGACCUCUACACGGCCGAGUCAGGAUUAACCUUGUACUUGAAUCUACGCGACUGCGGUGUGGAUCAGCAACUACUCCCUACGCUACGCCCCAGCCAAGCCCUGAGAGCCAGCGGUUGCCUCCUUUUUCUGGUCCCCUUCUUCAGCUCUUUGUCCUGUCAGCAAGUAACGGUCGGAGUCUCUUUCUUGGUCUCCGCCUUUGCCCUCGCGACAGUCUCCUCCAUCCAACCUUCUUCUCUCCGACUUUUGAGCACACAACUCCUCCAAGGCACAACCUGCUCCCACCUCGAGCAGGACGCACCCAUCCGCCCCCUCCAACCUACCUCAUCAUAUAGGCAGUCGAGAAUCGGCGCUACGUCACUCACAACCAACAGGCCAACAUGGCUUACAACGGUGGAGGAGAUGAUGGUUACGAGCAUCAUCAGAUGCAUGAUUAUAACUCGGAGCACCAGCACCCUACAGGCUACCACAUGCCUCCAAACCAAGAGAACGAUGACGAGGUGCAGCGCUCGCUCCUCAGCGCUGGACAGACGCAGGCUCGUCCCGUCUCAGCCUACAGUCUGACCGAGUCUUAUGCCGCAAACCCUUCAGUCACUGUGCCUGGGAGCGGCCUUGGGGAGUACAACAAUGAGUACGCAGCUUCUGGCUACCCGCCCCAGGGUCUUGGAGCCCCUGGCUUCCCGGGUGAUAUCGAGCGUCCUGCUUCCACCGUCGGUGGUGAGGAGGGCUGGGCUGCUCGUCAGGGUGGCGGCGGCGGCCUGGGCCGCUCCAAGACCAGAAGGGUCAAGCUGCAGAAGGGUCACCAGGGUGGUGUCCUCAGUCUUGACUAUCCCGUCCCCAGUGCUAUCAAGAAUGCCGUGCAGGCCAAGUAUCGCGAUGCCGAGGGAGGCAGCGAGGAGUUCACCAAGAUGCGCUACACGGCCGCAACAUGCGACCCGAACGACUUCACACUCAAGAACGGUUACGACCUGCGGCCUCGCAUGUACAACCGCCACACCGAGCUCCUUAUUGCCAUCACCUACUACAACGAGGACAAGGUUCUCAUGGCGAGAACCCUUCACGGUGUCAUGCAGAACAUCCGGGAUAUUGUGAACCUCAAGAAGUCCACCUUCUGGAACAAGGGCGGUCCGGCCUGGCAGAAGAUCGUCGUGUGCAUGGUGUUCGACGGUAUCGAGAAGACCGACAAAGAUGUCCUCGAUGUCCUUGCCACCGUCGGUGUUUACCAAGAUGGUGUCGUCAAGAAGGCCGUCGGUGACCAGGAGACAGUGGCACACAUUUUCGAGUACACGACUCAGCUUUCCGUGACGCCCAGCCAGCAGCUCAUCCGACCCCUGGACGACAGCCCCCAGACCCUCCCCCCGGUCCAGAUGAUCUUCUGUGUCAAGCAGAAGAACAGCAAGAAGAUCAACUCUCACCGUUGGCUCUUCAACGCUUUUGGCCGUAUCCUGAACCCCGAGGUCUGCAUCCUGAUCGACGCCGGCACCAAGCCCAGCCCCAGGUCGCUCCUUGCCCUGUGGGAGGGUUUCUACAACGACAAGGACCUCGGCGGUGCCUGUGGUGAGAUUCAUGCUAUGCUUGGAAAGGGCGGAAAGAAGCUCCUGAACCCUCUCGUUGCUGUCCAGAACUUCGAGUACAAGAUCUCCAACAUCCUAGACAAGCCCCUGGAGAGCGCCUUCGGCUAUGUUAGUGUCUUGCCCGGUGCCUUCUCCGCCUACCGCUUCCGUGCGAUUAUGGGCCGCCCGCUGGAGCAGUACUUCCACGGUGACCACACCCUUUCCGCAAAGCUGGGCAAGAAGGGUAUCGACGGCAUGAACAUCUUCAAGAAGAACAUGUUCUUGGCCGAGGAUCGUAUCCUCUGUUUCGAGCUGGUCGCUAAGGCUGGCCAGAAGUGGCAUCUCACCUAUAUCAAGGCGGCCAAGGGCGAGACGGAUGUUCCCGAGGGUGCUCCCGAGUUUAUCUCGCAGCGUCGAAGAUGGCUCAACGGCUCGUUCGCCGCCAGUUUGUACUCCACGAUGCACUUUGCUCGGUUCUACAAGUCUGGUCACAACAUCAUCCGCAUGUUCUUCUUCCACGUCCAGCUCCUCUACAACACCGCCCAGCUCAUCUUCUCCUGGAUUUCGCUCGCUUCUUACUGGCUCACCACCUCCGUCAUCUUGGAUCUCGUCGGCGACCCGCAGGACUCUGGGGAGAGCUCUACAAUGGUGGGCUUUCCCUUCGGCAACACUGUUACCCCCAAGUUCAACGCUGCGAUCAAGUACAUCUACUUGGCAUUCGUCAUCCUGCAAUUCAUCCUGGCCCUGGGUAACAGGCCGAAGGGCUCCAAGUACACAUACAUCACCUCCUUCUGUGUCUUCGCCCUGGUCCAGUUCUACAUCCUCAUCGACUCUGUGUAUCUGAUCUACCGGGCUUUCCACCAAGGUCUUGGCAUCCACACGGAUAGCGCUGCCGCCUUCCUCAAGAGCUUGUUUGGUGGUGGCAACACGGGUGGUGUCCUGCUCCUGACCAUUUUCACCAUCUACGGUAUCUACUAUAUUGCCUCCUUUAUGUAUCUCGACCCUUGGCACAUGUUCCACUCUUAUCCCUUCUAUCUGUUGCUCAUGUCGACGUACAUCAACAUCCUCAUGGUCUACGCCUUCAACAACUGGCACGAUGUGUCCUGGGGUACCAAGGGUUCCGACGCCAGCGAGAAGAUCCCGGCUGCCAAAGUCAUCAAGGACGAGAAGAGCGCAGAAGAGGCCGUGGUGGAGAUCGAGGACGAAAAGCCCCAGGAGGACGUCGACACCCAGUUUGAGCAGACUGUCAGGCGCGCCCUUACCCCCUACAAGGAGGUUGUCGAGGAGGACGAGGCCGAUGUUCAGGACUCUUACAAGUCUUUCCGAACGGGUCUGGUCGUGGCAUGGCUUUUCACCAACUGCUUCCUGGCUGUUGGCAUUACGAGCUCCAACUUCAACGGUGGUUUCAGUACCAACACCGUGCAAAACCGACAGGCUAUGUUCUUCGAGGUUCUGCUGUACUCGACUGCCUUCCUGUCCCUGAUCCGCUUCAUCGGCUUCUGCUGGUUCCUGGGUAAGACCGGCAUCAUGUGCUGCUUCGCCAGGCGGUAAUCUGGCGAAAUCAUGCUUUCAAUUUACAGCGGCCUGAUCUUCCCGGCGAGAACAAAAUUGUCGACAUUUUGACUGGUCAAAGUCUCAAUUCAUUCCCCGGGCAGCAAGUAUCUACUAGUGGCAAGUUAUAUACUGAGCCCAAUACAACCAACGACACUUGGUACAACAGGGUGGACUCGGCAGGCGAGAGCACUAUUCAGUUUGGUCUAAUUUGGCGGAAUGUCAGUUGGCACCGUAACGCGCAGGCCCCCCUCCCCCUCAAUGUUGAGAUCCUGUAACUCUUGGUUUCUGGAUUCUCUGGAGACUUGUCACCAUUUUUUGUAUUUGCAUUCUGGAAAGGGGGUUGGCAUCAGAGUUGUUGAUCAAGGCAAGACGGAUUGGACAUAUUGGUGGGAGCGAGAGGAUCUGCAAAAGAAUUUCAUGGCGAAUCACGGCGUUUCACGCGCGCGCGAGAGAGAGAGAGAUACUGAUACUGUUUUCCUGUCCUUUUUCCUUUUUGAAUCUUCAACGUGAAGAACAUUGGCCGUCGCAUGUCGACUCAUAUACACUCUUCACAAGGACAUAAUGUUAUAUCAUUUCUAACCACACG